GUCAUACCCGGGGCAGCGUUGUUGCGCUUCUACCUCUGGUCCGUUCCAAACUUUGAAUACUGCACAGAGAUAAAAGGGGUAAGCAUCGUGGCAACAUGAUGGACUCAACUUCGAGGACAACUGCUCGCCAGAGUAAUGCAAAAGGGUUGAUGACCCCUAUUCCUGUUAAGAUGCUGGAGGAGCCGGAGACGGAAGAACUGUGGGGUGCUUGGCGCGAAAUGGGCGACCGGGACAUCGUACAAGAAAAUGUAGAUGCCAUUGCGUAUCAAUGUGGUAGAUUGCCGCGCAGUCGUCCGAGUUCAGCCGGAUCACGGCGUGGUACAUCCGCAGCUCAUGGGAGUCCCACUCGACCCAAAUCUGCGUUGGCUUCGUUAGGAGGCACUCCUGUGUCGUCAAGCAAAAGGGCUGUUGCAGAAUCUGGAGGACCGUUUAAUUUCGUCAAUGUUGCAACAGGGAGGCGCGGCCCAACUUUUGAUGGUGAGCAGGUUUUCGGCGAUGGUGCGACGGGAGAAGCUGCACAAAAGGCGGAUAGUACAACUAACGGAGCAGUUGGAGGUUUGACAGGCAGCUUUACAGUUGGAGGAUCCGCGUCGAGUUCAUCGCGACCAAAAUCAGUGAAUGCUUUAGAACGCCAACUGCGAAGUGAUCCACGUUUUUCGGUGAACACGAAACUUCUCAAUUUGUCGAAAAAGGGACUCUCACCGGCGAUACAAGCGGUUGGGGUGGCGCGCAGGCCACGUAAUCGCAACGGGGCCGCCUCGCGCCCGGCUACUGUUUCGGCGUCAAUUUCAGGAGGAUCAGUAGGAGAAGCUCGUAAC